UGUCCUCUGCUGUUCGGUCGUUGAUGAUGCUGACGAGAGAGAGCGCGGCGCUCGUACAUUUUUAUGAGACACCACCGUCCACUGCAAUUCUGAGUCGUAGGCUAUAGAACAGGAAACGCACUGGAAAUGUAACGAUGGAUAGAUAAUCUCGAUCGUUUGGCAUUGCUCGGACAGCAAUAACGAACGACAGCGGACAGACAGCGUGCGAAAUUUGUCAAAGGUGAGACUGAGCGCAGUAAUGAUUCACGAAGGAAAUAUCCUGACUACUUAUCCUCCUCAUCUGAUGCUGAUGAUGGUGCUAUAAACGCAACCUGCGUGAUUUUCCUACUGGGCAGCAGCAGCUAAUGCUUCACUUUGUUUGAAAUUCAGCCAGCGACAGAAUGAUAGAGGAGGGCAGUAAACGAGGCAAAGCGAUGGUGGAGAAGAGACAACUCUUCGUGGAGAUGAGGGCACAAAACUUUGACGUCAUCAGGCUGUCAACCUAUAGGACAGCCUGCAAGCUAAGAUUUGUGCAGAAGAGAUGCAACCUUCACUUGGUGGAUGUGUGGAACAUGAUUGAGGCGUUCCGUGAUAGCGGUCUGAACACGCUGGACCACAACGCAGAGAUCAACGUGUCUAGACUGGAGACGAUCCUAUCCUCGAUCUAUUACCAGCUCAAUAAGCGUCUGCCCACCACACAUCAGAUCAACGUAGAGCAGUCCAUCGGCCUGCUGCUCAACUUCAUGGUGGCCACAUACGACAGUGAAGGCCACGGGAAACUGACCGUUUUCUCGAUGAAGUCCAUGUUGGCAACCAUGUGUGGAGGGAAAAUAGUGGACAAACUACGUUAUAUAUUCUCCCAGAUCUCUGACUCUAAUGGUGUGAUGGCCUUUGCUAAGUUUGACCAGUUUCUGAGGGAGGUUCUAAAGCUGCCCACAGCUGUGUUCGAGGGCCCGUCGUUUGGAUACACAGAACACUCCGUACGGACAUGCUUCCCUCAACAGAAGAAGAUCUUGCUGAACACUUUUUUGGACAUUUUGAUGGCAGAUCCUCCUCCUCAGUGCCUCGUGUGGCUACCUCUCAUGCACCGGCUCGCUAAUGUUGAAAAUGUCUUCCAUCCCGUGGAAUGUUCCUAUUGCCGGAGUGAAAGUAUGAUGGGGUUCCGUUACCGGUGCCAACAGUGCCAUGGCUACCAACUCUGUCAGAGCUGCUUCUGGCGUGGCCAUGCCAACGGUCCCCAUAGCAACCAGCAUCAAAUGAAGGAGCACUCCUCUUGGAAGUCUCCGGCUAAAAAGCUGAGCCACGCCAUCAGUAAGUCUCUGGGCUGUGUCCCCAUUGGAGAGCCACCUCAUCCAAUGUUCCCUGAGCAGUCUGAGAAACCGCAGGACACCAUGGCCCACACUGUUCAGCCGAAGCCAGUGGCCAACAAUAUGAACAACACAAUGCUCAUGUCGUCUGGGGCACCUACUCCUACUAAAAGUGUCUUGGAGAGUCCCAGCAGGCUAGACGAGGAGCAUCGUCUGAUUGCUCGCUACGCAGCGCGCCUGGCAGCUGAGGCAGGCAACUCCACAGUGAGUAGCUCCACACAAUGUCCUCCAACAGAUCUGAGUUUCAACUUUGAUGCCAACAAACAACAGAGGCAGCUAAUAGCAGAACUAGAGAACAAGAACAGAGAGAUCCUUCAGGAGAUCCAGCGACUGCGUCUGGAGCAUGAGCAGGCCUCCCAGCCCACCCCCGAGAAGGCCCAGCAAAACCCCACACUGCUGGCCGAACUCAGGCUCCUUAGGCAUAGGAAGGAUGAGCUGGAGAGGCGCAUGUCAGCCCUACAGGAGAGCAGACGGGAACUGAUGGUCCAGCUCGAGGGACUGAUGAGGCUACUCAAGGAUGAGGAGCAGAAGCAGGCAACCCAGACAGGAGGCUCACCCCACUCUUCCCCCAGCCAUGGGGCAGGCUGCUCCAUGCCCAUGCCCAUCCGCUCCACCUCAGCUGGGUCCACCCCCACCCACACACCCCAGGACUGCCUGGCCGGGGUGGGGGGGGACGUGCUGGAGGCCUUCGCUCACGGUGUACCUAGAAAUCUUCGUAAUGAUCUGUUGGUCGCUGCAGAUUCAAUCACAAACACCAUGUCAUCACUCGUCAAAGAACUCCACUCAGUAGAUGAUGCUGCAGAGGAAGAGGACAACAACAUGAGGAACGGAGGCCUAAGGGACAGGGCCGAGGCAGAAUGAAAAGUGUGGGAAAAGCACAGUGAGAGAAGUAAAGCAUUGAGGGAGCCACAACCACUCCAUCUAUACCGGAUGUCAGACUGGACAUGACUGGAAAAGAGGAAUCCAAAUGAGAAUCAGUCACAACAACCAAACCCUUCUAUCAGGCAUAAGCACGUAGAGUAAUGCAUGCUGUUAUCAAACAGGAUUUCACUGUGUGAACUACUAUCAAACAUGUUUAUUACACCUUGCUGCGGGAAAAAAAGCAAGAUGCUUCUAUUAGCGAGUGUAUAUGUUGUUCUGUAUAAAAACUUAAAGCUGUAAUUAUUAUGUAUUGAUUGAUUCCCCUCAUCAUGACUGCAACGGUCAAAGGUCUAAAGGAGUGGCUUGCUGUGCUUUCUCUCAACCCGUAUUGUCAAUAACAGACCAUUCUGUGUGCAUACCAAAUGGCACCGUAUUCCCUAUAUCGUGCAGUACUUUUGACCAGUGCCCUAUAGGCCCUGUUCAAAAGUAGUGUACUACAUAAGGAAUAGAGUGCCAUUUGGAACGCUGUCUAACUAUCUGUAUAUACUGUACACAUUAUACAUGACCUUGGGAACACAGCACUGACCACGACCUGAAAGCAACCUAUUUUCAUGAUGAUGAUAUUUUCCCUAGCCUUCAUUGCUUUUGUAUCAUUAGAGACGGCUAGCUAGUAUGUUUUCAUUAGGGGUUUUGCAUGAAGUUGCACUGUCCCGAGUCUGACUGGGUGUACUGUAGGUAGGUAGGUAGGUACCAUGUUAUGCCAGCUCUUUGUGGGUUUAUCAGUGUUUCUCAACCUGUGGUCCGCGGGCCAGCACGGGUCUCAAUGAUGUUGCUGAUCAGUCCCUCAGAUAGUGAGCCGAAACUGAUUUAAUCAGUUCUCAAGUGCUAGUUUUAAUCUAAGUGGUCUUCAUUGGAGGAAGGGCUGUAGCUGGUCCUUGCAGUUCCCUGGUACAAAAAAGGUUGAGAAACGCUUGGUUCUAAUGACUGCUAGGAUCUGUAGUCCUGUAUAUUGUCAUGCCUCAGAGUUCACAUUGGUCGUGCCCCAAAUGGCACCCUAUUCCCUAUAUAGCGCACUACAUUUGACCAAGGCCUAUAGGGCUCUGGUCAAAAGUAGUACACUAUAUAGGGUAUAGGAUGUCAUUUAGGACAGCCUGAGUCACAUACUGCUGCUACCGCGUGCUCACUCUAUGUCGUGAGACACCCUUGCAAAAAUAUGAGGGCUGUUUGUUUGUUUGGUUAAAGGGAGCCUAGUAUUGGGGCUAUUGUUGUCAAUGCUAAACGUUUAAUUUCAUCAGGGAAUCGUCCCUUUGUUAUAAACAGAUUUAUUAUUCUCCUCGUUUUGUCUCAAUAAAAAAUUAACUAAGCGAGAGAAGCUAGUAAAUGCAUCUUAAAGAGCAUUAAAACUGCAUGGUUUUUCGUCCCUAAUCCACUAACAUGUCACUCAGUAGUAACAGUAUUUAUUGUCCACGUAAAGUAAAGAGACGGAGAGCAUCUCAGGACGGUAGUUUAAAUUAAUCAUAUUAUAUUGUGUGCUCUUUCGUUCAAAUAUGUUGAGUUAUAACAUAUCCACCUAUACACCUGUACGUAGGUGAGGACGGGCGGUACAGAAAUCAAAGUUAUGCACAGAUAAGAGUUGCUUUGAUAGCUUUAUUUAGUUCAAAUAAAUGAGGACUGGAACAUGUUUAUGUGAGAGUUAAUAGAUAGGUGCUCAGGGACUGUAGAUGGAAUGUGGUGGUGGCUGGUUUGCAUUCCAAAUGGCACCCCAUUCUCUACAUAGUGCACUACUUUUGACCAGGGCCUAUUAGCCCUGGUCAAAAGUGGUGCACUAUAUAGGGAAUAGGAUGCCAUUUGGGACGCAUAUUCUGUGUGGUUAACGAUUAUGAGUCAGUAGCCUGGGCCCUAAUGGGCUCCAGACCUGUGUCUGUAGGGGUCAGAGACUGAUCAUAAAAGAGCCUGAAGGGUAGCAGACAGCAAACCUGUGUCUCAAUAAUCUGGCUUUCUCCAAAAAAUGUGCACUCAAGCACUCUU